AUGGUGUCAACGCGCACAAAGACCAAUUCGCUCCCUGCGAGGAGGACGACACUUGCAGAUGACCAAGCAGCCGCAUCUACACAGACUGUCACGCCCCAAAGCAGUCCUGCUAAGGCAGCACCCCCAGUCAAAGCACCCUCCAAGGCGGGCGUCAAGCGGAAGGCUGGAGCUGUCAACAAACAAAUCCCGAAGAAACGCAAGCCUGCCAAAGCCACUGCGAAGGCAACUACAGACUUGGAAGCAGUGUCAAUUCCUCCAGACGAUGAAGCACCUCUUGCUGGACACGACGCCCUGCAGGCAGAAGGCCCCACGACAUUCUUGAGCUUGCCACCAGAACUCAGAAACGAAAUCUACAGCUACAAUCUCCUUACGGACCACCCCAUUCUUCUCCAGGUCUACAAACCACACCCCGGUGAGCUCUCACUCCUCCGCGUCAGCCGGCAAGUCCGAGAUGAGGCUCUCCCGGUCUUCUACGGUGCGAAUGUCUUCGAGGCCAACAGCGUAGUCAUGCUGCGAAGGUAUCUAAAGACUUUGAAUCGGCAGAAAAUGCGCGCUUUGCGAAUGGUGCACAUUAAUCCCGUGCACGAGCACACCCGCCAGCACGCCAUCAAGAGCCUUCGUUCGCUGGAGGGGGAUUUCAGCAGCCUUGGUUUGCGCAGAGAUGCUAUCCAGUACAGCGAUGGGUACAGGCUGAGGAAAUGGGUGAACCUGGAUCAGUUGCUGGAGCUUGAGGGGGAGGCAUAA